AUGCAAGAAGUUAUUACUACAGAUAUUGAUACUGCUCUUGCAUCCAUAGAUGAUGCAAAGGCCGCUGGAUUGGAUGAAUUCAAUGCAAUUUUCUUCAAGAAAACUUGGCAUUUAAUUAAGCAUGAUAUAUAUGAUGUUGUGUUAGAGUUCUUUGAUCAAGCCUACAUUCAUAAGCCAGUCAAUUGUAUUACUAUUACUCUGAUUCCUAAAUUGGAUAAUGCUUUGUAUGCAAAAGGUUACAGGCCUAUUGCCUGGUUUAUCCCAGGCAGGCAGAUUGUAGAUAAUAUCUUAUUGGCAACUGAGCUCAUAAGAGGGUAUAAUAGGAGUCAUAUGUCUCCUAGAUGUGUCAUCAAGGUUGACACCAAGAAAGCCUAUGAUUUAGUACAAUGGGUGUUUUUGGAGAGUAUGCUUAAGGAGUUAGGGUUCCCUGAAAGAUGUUUGAGUGAUAUGAGUAAGAAUCCAGACUUGAACUAUCAUCCCAAGUGUGAAAGGAUUAGCCUCACUCAUCUAAUGUUUGCUGAUGAUCUGCUCAUGUUUGCUAGAGCAGAUCAUAGUUCAAUAGAGAAGAUUGUGGCUGCUUUCCACAAAUUCUCAAGGGCUUCAGGCCUUGAAGCUAGCAAUGAGAAAAGUUGUAUCUACUUCUCAGGGGUCCAUCAGGAUGUUGCUACUCAGCUUGCUGAAGUUGCAAUUGAUGAAAACAAUACUGGGUAG